AUGAGUCGAACACCCUCAAUACUUGAUAUACAAAAAACCUUAAAAAGAACAGAUAUAGCCGCACGACAAAAAGAUAAAUGGCGCGAUCGUUUGAGCAAACAACAACUACUCGUACUAAAUCUUUCUUCGAAAGAGCAGAAACGACAAGAAAUUAUUAAUGAGAUUGUUCUUACAGAAAAAGAAUAUUUAAAUGAUUUGAAGCUGGUUCAUAAGAUGACAGUUGAUAAAGAAAGUGGAAUAUAUGUCCCUAUAGAAAUCGUGCGGAUGUUUAGCAAUAUUGCAGAUAUGAUUCGAUUGCAUGAUCAUCUUUAUAUGUCUUUGCAAACUAGGCAGAAUAUGCAACACCCGGUUGUGCAAUGUAUAUCUGAAAUUUCUUUAAAGGUUGAAAGAUUCAAUAUCUAUGCGGCAUAUUUAGUUAACUACACCAGCGCUACGCAGCAAAUCGAUAAAAUGAUCCAAAAUCAAACUGAAUACGGUACCUUUCUAAAGGAGCGAGAAAGAUUACCAGAUUGUCGUAAAUUGCCUUUACAAGCAUUCUUAAUUGCCCCAGUUCAACGUCUAGCUAAAUAUCCUUUAUUAUUUAAGGGAUUGUUGGACGUUACUUCUCAGGAUAGCCCUGAUUAUGAUAAUACUUGUCAAUUAUACAAGCAAAUGGAUUCUUUAAUACGGCAAUUAGAAGAUGAGAAACGUAAAGAAGAUACACUUGACAGACUUACGAAAUUAGAGUUGACGAUGAAAGGACUAACGCCGUUUAAGCUCGCAAUACCGAAUCGUCAACUGAUAUAUGAAGGUGUUUUAAAACGUCUAAUAAUACCUACAACAAAACAACAUUCUUCCGGAUUAUCACCCCAUUUUCCAUUAAUCUCAUCCGGGAAUGAAAGCUCGAUCUCUUUAUAUGUUUUCCUAUUUGAUGACCUGAUUACACACGUGAUGGAAAUACCGGAUGAUCGAGGAUAUUCGAAUUUAUUUGAGUGCACUUCGAUUCACAAUGGUCGCGCAACUUUUAUCUUACAGGCAAGUAACAAAAAAGAGAAAUCUCAAUGGAUAACUAUGAUUCGAAGUGUACUCAAAAAACAUACGAAUCGUAAUAGUGGUGAUCUUCAUGAUCAAUGGUGGUUCUAUUAUCACAUUAAAGAGGAGAGUCGUAAAAGUAUGGAUGAUAACAACGACUCGCCAAAUCCGGAAAUUUCGUUUUAA